AUGUCAGAUUGUACAUUCAUAGUGUAUAGACAGUUUCUACUGAUACCCAGUUCACGCAAUACAACAACGUCAACAUGGAUGUGGAAUGAAGGUAACGAAUUUGAUUCAAGCGAUGCUACAUAUUCAGAACAUCGGACAAUUGAUUCUUGGGGAAUUGAUUCUUUAACAGCAUAUAUUGUGAAAAGUACGACGACACCAGUACCACCUGUACAUUCGUAUCGUCUACUUAAUCCAAAACCACUAGUUCCGACAUUUCGUUUUCAAUGUUUAUUAGUUGAUGCUGCUCAAAAUGUUAUACAAAGGAUAUUAAAUACAGAUUAUCAAAUUGAAAUUGCAUUUUAUUUUGCUGGAUUUAGUCAAGUUAAAGCAAAUAUUGGUUCAACAACAAAUAAAUAG